GCCCUGGCUGGCGGCCGCGGGGUCCACUCUGGGCAAGUGCGGGCCCGCGGGGGCGUGGUGCGAGGCGGUGCCGGCCGCACACCGCCCCCUUCCCCGCACGGACCUGGCGCGCUCCCCGCUGCGGGGUCGCCAGGUCCCCGGAACGACGUUUUCCGCCUGGGCGGCGGCCAGGGAGGGCGCCACGGGGCUGUUCCUGCGCCCGGCCCAGCCUACGCUGCACCGCGGCCUCCAGGCUCCGCGCCAGCCGAAAGCGAAAGACCGGAAAACGGUUUCCGGGUCCCAGGGCGUAGUGAUUGCACGGGAGGCCCGGAGGCUGGGCCGGGAGGAGGCCCGGAGGCUGGGCCGGGAGGAGGCCGGUGGCACUUCCCGCCGCCUCGGGGUGGGGGGUCGGGGGCGUCGGAACAGUCACCGCGGCAGCCCGGCGGGGCUGGUCUGCGGGUCCUGCGAGGCCGCUCUGACGUGCGGCAUUCCGCGGGCGGGCAGCCUGCUCUGAGGCGGAAAGGAGGGCGCAUCCCGCUCGGAGCCCAGCUCUGCCGCGCGGCGCUCGCUCCCUGCGCGACCUGCAGCCCGGGAGGCGGGGCGCAUUCUGGCUCCCGCGGGGUCACACGGAGCAGCGGGCGCUGUAAUCCAGGGAGGCCUUGGGGACACAACCUUAGAGAAGUCACCUACCGGUGUGUGUCCGCUGGCGCACUGGGACACUGGGAGCGAAAUGAGGUGGUUGUGAGCCAGGUAUUUUCCGAAAUACUCACCAGGCACCAGACCGAGGAAGCUGGAGCCGCGGAGAGCACGGAGGGGCGGGUGGGAGAGGAAGGCGAGCGAGGCUGCUCAGCGGGUGCCGGGAGACCGCAACCGCCGGGGACUCGCAGAAGAGCCAAGACCGGCCACCCAGCCCGGGAAGGGAGGGAAGGACCGCGAGAGGGUGCCCCAUUUCAGCCUGGGGAGACGCGUGUCCUGGCCGCCAGUCUCUCUUCCUGGCAGAGGGCCCCAGUGCUGACCCCAGCCCCUUUUCCACGCUCGAUGCUUCCUACAAAGUAGCCGGGCGAGGAGUGUCG